AUGGCAACAUUAUCAAGAAACUUGCGUCUUUCAUUGGAUGCCCCAACACAGGACUUUGUUAGGACAAAGAUCGUUUGUACGAUUGGUCCAAAGACAAUGUCGGUAGAGAUGUUGGUUAAGCUGAUUCAGAGUGGUAUGGCUAUUUGUCGUCUGAACUUCUCGCACGGCACACAUGAGUACCAUGGCAACGUCAUCAAGAAUCUCAGAGAGGCCAUCAAGAUCACCAACAGGGGCUGUGCCAUCAUGUUGGACACAAAGGGUCCAGAGAUCCGCACUGGUAAACUUGAGAAUGGUACACCAAUCCAACUCGCUGUUGGACAAGAGAUCCUCGUCGAUACAAACACUGCCGUUCCAGGUAACAUGAAGCGUAUCUCAUUGGACUAUAAAGGAUUGAUCGACUCUGUUAAGGAGGGAGGAUUCAUCUUGAUUGCCGAUGGUGUCAUCUCAUUCUCCAUCAUUUCUGUAAACAAGGAGCAAGGCAACGUACUUUGUAGAGUUAACAACAAUUCACUACUUGGAGAGACCAAGAAUGUCCAUUUGCCAGGCUCAAUUGUACAUUUGCCAGCAGUAUCAGAGAAGGAUAUAUCGGAUAUUAGAUUCGGAAUGGAGCAGGGAGUGGACUUUAUCGCCGCCUCCUUCAUUAGAAAGGCCGAGGACGUCAUUGAGAUCAAAAACAUCUUGGGCGACCGCUCCGCACACAUCCAGAUUAUCUCCAAGAUUGAGAACGAGGAGGGCGUCAACAACUUCAACGACAUCCUCGAGGUGUCUGACGGCAUCAUGGUGGCCAGAGGCGACCUCGGUGUCGAGGUCAACAUGGAGAAGAUUUUCGUCGCACAAAAGAUGAUGGUGAGCAAGUGCAAUGCCGCUGGCAAGCCCGUCAUCACCGCCACCCAGAUGCUCGAGUCCAUGAUCAAGGCUCCUCGUCCAACCAGAGCCGAGGCCACCGACGUUGCCAACGCUGUCCUCGAUGGCACUGACUGUGUCAUGUUGUCCGGAGAGACUGCCAGUGGUGACUACCCAAUCGAGGCCGUCGACAUCAUGACCAAGAUCUGUCGUGAGGCUGAGCUCGUCGAGGCCAGCACUGACUUCCACACCCUCUUCUCUGCCCUCAAGGUCUGUUCCGUCAAGCCCAUUACAAUUGCCGAGACUGUUGCUUCAUACGCAGUUGCCACUGCUAUUGACUUGAAGGCCGACAUCAUUAUUACAAUGACAGAGACUGGACUCACUACCAGAUUGGUCAGCAAGUACAAGCCACCCAUUCCCAUCUUUGCCGUCACAUCGUGGGAGUACACCGUCAAGCAUCUGUUGGCCAGCAGAGGCACUAUCCCCAUCCUGGUCGACUCGCUCCACGGCUCUGACAAGUUGGUCGAGCUGUGUUUGGAGGAGGGCAUGAAGCGUGGUCUUGUCAAGACUGGCUCGCGUGUCGUCAUUGUGUCUGGUGUCAUGGAGGGUGUUCCAGGCAAGACCAACUCACUGCGUGUGCUCACCGUUGGCGAGUCCAUCAAGAACCUGAAGAUCUAA